UAUCUUGCUGAAUUUAAACCUCUUAUUUUGUAGGCCAGGCAUACUGAAAGACCUGAAGACAAUGGGCUCCAUUUCUCUGUUUAUAUUCUUUGUCACAUUGCUGGUUUUGGGUAGACAGAAUGAAUAUUACUGUAGGUUAGACUUCCUGUGGAAGAACAAGUUCAAAAAAGAGCGGGAGGAGAUUGAAACCAUGGAGAAUCUAAAUCGAGUGCUGCUGGAGAACGUGCUUCCGGCCCAUGUCGCUGAACACUUCUUGGCAAGAAAUCUGAAGAAUGAGGAUCUAUAUCAUCAGUCAUAUGACUGUGUCUGUGUCAUGUUUGCCUCUAUUCCGGAUUUCAAAGAAUUUUACACAGAAUCUGAUGUAAAUAAGGAAGGCUUGGAAUGUCUCAGGCUACUAAAUGAAAUCAUUGCUGACUUUGACGAUCUACUGUCUAAGCCAAAGUUCAGUGGAGUUGAAAAGAUAAAGACCAUUGGAAGCACUUACAUGGCAGCAACGGGACUGAGUGCUACACCCAACCAAGAACAGUGCCAGGAACCCGAACGACAGUAUAUGCACAUAGGGACCAUGGUGGAGUUUGCAUUUGCCUUAGUUGCAAAACUGGAUGUCAUAAACAAGCAUUCAUUCAAUGAUUUCAAGUUACGAGUGGGUAUUAAUCAUGGACCUGUAAUAGCUGGAGUAAUUGGAGCUCAGAAACCACAAUAUGAUAUCUGGGGCAAUACAGUAAAUGUGGCCAGUCGAAUGGACAGCACUGGUGUCUUAGAUAAAAUACAGGUUACAGAGGAGACAAACAAUGUCCUACAAACAUUGGGGUACAUGAGCACUUGUAGAGGAAUAAUAAAUGUAAAAGGAAAAGGAGAACUGAAGACAUACUUUGUACAUACAGAAAUGACAAGAUCCCUUUCACAAGGGAAUGUGGCAUCCUGAAGAAUGUUUAUAGAUGUCAUCAAUACUGUAUUUUCAGGAAAGUGUCACGCACUUUUUAACUACAUUUUGGCCCUUAACAUGCGUGCUAUUUUCUGGUAUGUGGCACUUAUUUUAAUAUGGCUGCAGAAUAGUCCCAUGAUCCAUCAUUUGAUAUUCCUAUGUUUGAGGACAAUUGUGUAGCACGCUACAGGACUGAAAGAUUGUACUGCAACUUGCACUGUUAUACGAAGAGAAGAAAAGAAGGAACAGAAAUUGGAGGUAACUCAUCCUGAAAGGACCAAAAAGACACGUUAGUGGCAAAUGGGGGGAAAAAAUGGCAAUAAAACUAGGGGUGCAUACUGUUUUCUGAUGCAUGGUGUUUUCUGGAAAAUAUGGUAGCUCCCCAAUAGCAUCAACUAAUCUGAUAUCAAAAUAUACAGUAUUUGUAAAUAAAUUUACUCUGUCCACACAUGAUUUGGACAUCAUCACCAGUUGCAUCUCAUAGCCGGGGACACGUUAGGUGGCUUGCUGGCAUCCUUUCUGGGAGAGAACAACGCUGGAACAGUUUUGUACAAACGUGUCAAAUGUUUUGAAGCUAUUGUCUUUUGUAAGGUUAAUUCAUUAAAAGUUUAUAUGUACUUUGCCUUA